GUUGUGACUUGACAGGAAGGGUUAGCAAGAACAGAGACGGACUGCGACAACUCCGUGAAGAGCUACACUGACGACAAAACGAAUUCCUUGGAAUUUACUUUUUACAUCUUUUUUUUUUAAUUCCCACUGGAUACUGGAUAUUUUCUUGAGGGCUUCUGGCGAAAAAAAAAAAACCCCAACCCAUAAGAGACGAGCUCCAACUUGGUUGAAGAGUAUAAUGUACUAACCGAAACGGAAGUUAUCUGCCAGCUGUCUGGCUACGCUGUCGAGUGUCUGAAUGCCAACCCUGUGGGUAAUGGAGUUAGGCAGGCAACUGUGUGGGAAGAUGAGGAGGUCCAGUAGGAAAGCCCAGUUCUCCUCUGCUCCUACUUCCACUUGGGGCCUGGAGAUUCACUUUUAUUCACCUGAGGUGCACCAGCUGGAGUUCUUCAAAGGCUGCUACACCGCUGAGGAGCUCUGUGUGGAGGCUGCCAAACAAUGCUCAAUCUCUCCCCUGUGCCAUAACCUCUUCGCCAUGUACAAUGAGACCGAUGACAUAUGGUAUCCCCCCAACUACGAGUUCAAGAUCACAGAUGAUACCAGUCUCAAGUUGCACUAUCGCAUGAGGUUUUAUUUCAGAAACUGGCAUGGCACCACUGAAGGAGAGUCCCCGGUGUGGAGACACUGCAUCAGCAAACUCAAAGGAGGACUGAGCCCACAGAAAACACCAGAAGGAACCCCUCUACUGGACGAAGCCUCUCUGGACUACCUGUUUGCCCAGGGCCAGCAUGACUUUCAGAAAGGUGUUGUUCCGCUUAGGAUCGCCCAGUCAGAAGCAGAGCAACAUGAGAUUGAAAAUGAGUGUUUGGGCAUGGCUGUGCUCGCCAUCACACACUAUGCCAAGCGCUUGGAUAUGCCCCUGUCCACUGCUUCCCAUGAAAUCAGCUACAAACGUUUCAUCCCAGAGUCCCUCAAUCGCAACAUCAAGCAGCGCAAUGUCCUGACGCGUAUCCGCAUCAACAACGUCUUUAAGAAGUUUCUCAGCGAGUUCAACCGUCGCACCAUCAAGGACAGCAACAUCACGCCGUACGACCUGAAGAUCAAGUACCUGGCUACACUGGAGGGUCUGACCAGCGGCCUGGGCAGCGAGCUGAUCGAGCCGGUCACGCUCAGUGUGACGCAGGAUGGUGAGCUGAGCAAUGGAGGUUACUAUGGUUACUACAACCAGAGUCAAGAGCAGAGCCCAAGUCAGAACCUGGAGGCGAGCUAUGACACAGUGGUCCGGGUUACUGGUACCACCGGCAUUUCCUGGAAGAAGAAGACUCCUACAAUAACCUUGAGCCGCGUCGUCAAGCAGAAGAAAGAGGCAAAAGAAAGUGAAUGCUGGGAGGUGUUCUGCGACUUCCACGAGAUCACACACACCGUCAUCAAAGACGUCACAGUCACCAUCUUCAGACAGGACAACAAGAGGAUGGAGCUGCGUAUGGCUUCUCGGGCUGAGGCUCAGGCCUUUGCAGCCCUCGUCGAUGGUUACUUCAGGCUGACCGUGGAUGCACACCACUUCCUGUGCAAGGAGGUGGCUCCUGCUUCGGUGGUGGACAAUAUCAAAAAUGGUUGCCAUGGACCCAUCUGUACGGAGUAUGCCAUCCACAAGCUGCGCCAGGAUGGCAACGAGGAGGGCACCUACAUCCUGCGCUGGAGCUGCACAGACUACCAGUACAUCAUCAUCACAGUGGUCUGCACUGAGAUUGACCUGAGAGAGUCUCGUUCUGUGCGUCAGUACAAGAACUUCCAGAUCGAAGUGGCCUCGGACGGUUUCCGCCUGUACGGCACUGAGACUUUCAGGCCCACUCUCGCAGAGCUCCUGGAGCACCUGGAGGGCCAAAGCCUUCGCACAGAUAACCUCCAGUUCGAGCUGCUGCGGUGCUGCCCUCCACAACCUAGAGAGGUGUCCAACCUACUGGUGGUCACUAAAGAGAGAGCACCAGUCCCUCAGACGCCCGUACAGGAGAGCCAGCUCAGCUUCCACCGCAUUCUUAAGGAGGAGAUCGAACAGGAGGAGCACCUCGGCCUGGGCACAAGAACCAACAUCUACUCGGGCACUUUGAGGGUAAAGAGCGAGGAGGAGGAAGAUGAUGUUGGCUACUCAUCCUUCCAGGAAGUCAAGGUGGUCCUAAAGGUGCUGGGUUCUGGACACAGGGACAUAUCAUUGGCCUUCUUUGAAACAGCCAGUAUGAUGCGACAAGUUUCCUACAAACACAUAGUGCUGCUGUAUGGGGUGUGUGUUCGCCACCAAGAGAAUAUCAUGGUUGAGGAGUUCGUCCAGCUGGGACCACUGGACUUGUUCAUGAGGCGACAGACGAGCCCUCUGAGCACACCGUGGAAGUUCCAGGUGGCCAAGCAGCUGGCGUCAGCUCUCAGCUACUUGGAGGAUAAAAAGCUGGUCCAUGGGUUUGUGUGUUCUAAAAACAUCCUGCUGGCAAGAGACGGUCUGGGCACCGAUGAAGGAGGGCCCUUCAUCAAACUCAGCGACCCAGGAAUACCAAUCACAGUGCUCACAAGAGAGGAGUGUGUGCACCGUAUACCGUGGAUCGCUCCGGAGUGUGUGAGGAACGUGUCGUCCCUGAGUGUGGCGGCUGAUAAAUGGGGCUUUGGUACCACCCUGUGGGAGAUCUGCUAUGAUGGAGAGGUCCCCCUAAAGGACAAGAAACUUACAGAGAAGGAGAGGUUUUACGACAGGGAAUGCCAACUGGCCACCCCGGACUGCAAAGAGCUGGCCGAACUGAUGACCCACUGCAUGAACUACGAUCCCAAGAAGAGACCUUUCUUUAGGGCCAUCGUGCGAGACAUUGACAUGCUAGAGGAAAAGAACCCAUCGAUUAUACCAAAGCCAACACCAGAGGUGGAUCCGACUGUGUUUGAGAAGAGGUUCCUGAGGAAAGUCCGAGAUUUGGGAGAGGGCCACUUUGGUAAGGUGGAGCUGUGUCGUUACGAUCCUCGGGAAGAUAAAACAGGCGAGCUGGUGGCGGUGAAGUCGCUGAAGCCCGAGAACCGCGAGGAGCAGAGCACCAACCUGUCGCGUGAGAUCGACAUCCUCAAAGGACUUUACCACGAUAACAUUGUCAAAUACAAAGGCAUCUGCCUGGAGGAAGGGGGUCAGGCCAUUAAGCUGAUCAUGCAGUACGUUCCACUGGGCAGUUUGAAGGACUAUCUGCCCCGAAAUAGGAACAAGACCAGCCUCAACACCCUGCUCAGCUACUCCAUCCAGAUAUGCGAGGGAAUGGAGUAUCUGGGAUCUCAAAAUUACAUUCACAGGGACCUGGCCGCCCGAAAUGUGCUGGUGGAGAACGAGAGCACGGUGAAGAUCGGAGAUUUUGGCCUCACCAAGAGCAUUAAGGAAAACGAGGGAUAUUACACGGUCAAGGAUGAAAACGAGAGCCCUGUUUUCUGGUAUGCUCCAGAGUGUCUGAGUCUCUGCAAGUUCUACCUGGCUUCAGACGUUUGGUCCUUUGGCGUCACCAUGUACGAGCUCAUCACAUACUGCGACUCGUCCAUAAGCCCGAUGACGCUCUUCCUCCGCAUGAUCGGUCAAACUCAAGGUCAGAUGACGGUCCUCCGCUUGGUGAAUCUGUUGGCAGAUGGGAGGAGGUUGCCUCGUCCUGACGGCUGCUCAGAGCCGGUGUACAAGCUGAUGCGCAAGUGCUGGGAGCAAACGCCCGAGCAGAGGAUCACCUUUGGGUGCCUGAUAAAGGAGCUGAAAAACCUGCUGCAGAAUGACCAGCCGCAGAAUGACUUUUAAGCUGCAGCAGCUGUGGCUCCCGGGAGUGACGCUGACUUUGUUUUUGGGGGUCAGAUGUGAACAGAGACAGCUGUCCUUGGAUCAGCAUCUGCUUGUGAGAGACAGUCGUGAAGGAUCAGCACUGCUCCUUCAUACACGCAUAACAACCUUCCACAUCUUUUCUAGAGACUUUUCUUUCUAAUCAACCAUUUAAAGGCUUUAUAUUUGAUUUUUCACACUUAUAUAUUCACAAAUAUAAUAUAAAUCAAGUAUAUCCUCUGAAA